UAAAUACAAUUCCAUACAUACGUAUCAUUCCAAUUUUUACUAUGUGCAUACUUAACUAAUGCACAACAGCAAUGUCCCACAGAAUUAAGCUAUUGUGAUCGUGAUCUGCAUUAAUAAGGAAUUUUUAGCGUAUAAAUGAAAAUUCUAAUGAUCAUGUGAAAUCAUGACUGGAUCACCUGAUUUACUUAACUUGGAGUAGGAUCAAAUUGUCCUUACACGAUAAAUUGGCCGUUUAUGUUUUUUGUGAUUAAACUGCAAUAAAUUUACCAGAUUAAUUAUUACCAAUAUAAAGUUACCCAGCCAAGCGGAUACUACGUUAAGUCUCAGACAUUUGGCAGGAUGGGUGAUUGGGAUAAAAUCGACGACCAAAAUAUUAAGGAGGUGGCAAAUCGAUUGGCGAUUGAGCAAGAGCUCAACUCAUUGAGGUCACAACUUCACCAAGUUCAACAAAACGGGGACAAACGCAUCGCCAACUUGCAACUGGAGCUGCAUCGCUACCAUCGUCAAGUCCUUUUUUUGGGGCGACAGCUACAAAAGUUUACCGAGGAGAGGAGAAAGUCAUCCGAUUUGUAUAAUCACAUUCUCCUUUGGGGGGUUUUCGCCGCAGUCGUUCUUGGAAAUUUUGUCACAUUAAGAAAGCUUGGGCAUCUCUAAAGGCGGAUAUUAUCAUGUACCACAAAUGUUUACAGCGAGUUCUAUCUUAAAUACAUAUAUUUUUGCUUUCCAAUUUUGUUUAUUCAUAUUCUACAUAUAAUCAGCUAAAAUAAAAUUUAUUUCUUGCAAAGCGGAU